AUGGUAGAAGAUAAAGGUUUCGAAGAUGCUGAGGAGUAUAAUUCUGAAGAGCUUGAUAGUGGAAGUGACAGUGAUGGGGAAUGUGAAUUUCAAGGCAAGUUUCCUACAUUCAAACAACCAAAGAAGAUGUUAGAUUAUAAGUGGGAGGUAGGUACAUAUUUUGGUACCAAAUCAGAAUUUCAACAUGCUAUGAGGACAUAUACAAUUCAUUCUGGUAGGGAAAUCAAGUUUGUGAAGAAUGACAAAUUGAGGAUGAGGUUGGAAUGCAGAGGCAACUGUGAAUGGAAGGAUUUUUGUGCCAAAAUACCAAAUGAGGCAACUUGGCAGCUGAGGCAAGUUGGUCCUAACCAUACAUGUAGUAGGGGUAACAAGGUGAAAUUUCUGAAUUCUAAGUGGCUUGGUACAAAACUUCAGCCUAAUGUGAGGGAAAACCCAACUGUGAAAAUCCAAGACAUUAUCAACAAGAGUAAUGACAAGUGGAAUAUCAAAGUGACAAAGACAAAGGCCAUCAGAGCUAGAUCAUUGGCUUUUGAUGCUGUUGAUGGCUCUUUUAGGGAGCAGUAUACUAGGAUGCAUGACUAUUGUCAUGAGUUGCUGAGAUCAAAUCCACAUUCUACAGUGAAGAUAACCAGUACACCAUAUCUACCUUCUGAAGAUGAUUUACAAGAUCCUACUACUAAUCUGAAUCCUCACUUUCAAAGAGUAUACAUAUGCUUCAAGGCAUGUAAAGAUAGUUUCCUAAAGUGCAGACCUAUCAUUGGCUUGGAUGGAUGCUUCCUGAAAGGUUACUAUGGUGGUCAACUUUUAACAGCAAUUGGAACAGAUCCAAAUGAUCAAAUACUCCCUAUUGCUUAUGCUGUUGUUGAAGGAGAGACAAAAGAAACAUGGGCUUGGUUUUUAGAUUUGCUUGUGAAUGACUUGGGUGAUGUGGCAAAAUGUGCUGAAUAUACAUUCAUAAGUGACCAACAAAAGGGACUGUCGCCAGCAAUGGAUGAGUUGCUGAAAGAUGUUGACCACAAAUUCUGUGUUAGGCAUCUGUACAAUAACUUCAGAAAACAAUACCCUGGAAAGAAACUAAAGGAACUGAUGUGGAAGGCAGCCACAUCAACAUAUCCAAAUGCAUGGAUGGAUGCUAUGAAGGAGAUCAAGUCUUUCAACUUUGUCAUUGUUGGCCCUAAAUCAAAACCAGUGAUCACUAUGCUUGAGGAGAUCAGAAUUUAUAUCAUGGAAAGGUGGGAGAAAAAUAGACACAAAAUUAAGAUAUAUCCAGAUAGUGUUUUGCCCAACAUCAAGAAAAAGCUUGAAAGAGAGGCUGCUUAUACAAACAAAUGGCUUACAAGGCGUUGUGGUGAAGACUUUUUUGAGGUUUGGCACAUUUCUCCAUCUAGGGAACAAUUUUCUGUCAAUCUUGGAACAAGAGACUGCUCUUGUAGGAAGUGGUUGUUGAUUGGGCUACCAUGUGUACAUGGUAUUUGCUGUAUCAGGUAUAUGGAACUUAAUAUGUCUGAAUUUGUUCCUGAUGAAUAUAGGAGAGAAAGGUAUGAAGCAUGCUAUGCACAUAUGAUAUUCCCUGUUAAUGGUAGAUCUCUAUGGCAAAGAACUGCUUACACUGACCAGCAACCCCCACCUAUUAGAAGACAACCAGGUAGGCCCAAGAAAAAGAGAACUAAGGACCCAUCUGAAAUGCUGAGAGAUGAUUCACAAAUGAAGAGAGCAAGGUAUGGAAUUAAGUGUAGUAGAUGUAAGUUAGAUGGCCACAAUAAAUCAACAUGCAAGCUGCCUCCAUCACCUGCUGAAACCCAAGCCACUGAUAACCCAUCUACAAAUCAACCUCAGCCAACUGAUAAUGCUACUACUGUCACUCAACCACCUGUACCAACCCAAAACUAA